AGAAUGGCAAAAAAUAAAAUACAAGAUAAAUUUGGAAAAUUAAAAAAUAAAACUAAUAACUUAAAAAAAGAAAAUAAAUAUAAGAUGUCGAUGUUGAAUAUUUCAGUUACAGUAUUAUGUAUUGCUAUUGCCACUUGGUUUAGUUAUAAAGGAUACUUAGAAACAAGGGUGAAUACUCCAUUUGAUAUGAAAAAGUUAGUUACAGCAUCUGGAUUAGAUAUUCCAGACAGAUAUUGGGGUACUUAUCGAUCAGGUGUUUAUUUUGGAUUAAAGACUCGAGAUCCACAUUCAUUAGUAAUAGGGUUGAUGUGGUAUUUUCCACAUUUGUUACAUCAAGAUGGCAGUGGCCUUAGACAUUGGUGUGAACAAAAUGAUAGAUUGGAUAGAUAUGCAUGGCUAGAACAUGAUGGUAGAACUUUUGGCAUUCAAGAAAUAGUGGAUAAUUCAGCUACUUUAACUACUACAUUUGCUAAAACACCUGGUGGUAAACAUGGUGGAGAUUGGACAGCAAGGAUUGCUGUAACAUCCAGAAAUCAAAUACGAGAUGGUGAAGAAAUUUCAUUACUUUUCUAUACUGCUAUUGAAGAAAAUGUUAAAGGGUGGAUUAAAGUGAAUAUUGGUGAUGAAAAGCAGUUAACAGGUGUAGAGGGAAAUACUCAAGGCUUAGGUUCAUUUACUAUAAAUCUUAACAUGAUAGAAGGAACUGUAGAAGAACAUUCUUUCCUGGUAACUGUUGCUCCUGGAUUAAAUGCUUUAAAAGAAACUGUUCUUCAAAAUCUUAGAAUAGCAUCUCCUAAAGGAUCAUCAAAGAAAUAUAUAGUUUUAGGAGGAGAACAGAUACCAUUAUCAGAAAAUGGAAAAAAGAGAGAUGCAAAUUUUAUUGCAACACAAAUAACAGGAAGAAUACCUUUUGAAAUUGAAAUUAAUUAUGAAUCAGGUAGUUUUAUUGAUAGGGUCGACAAAUUAACUGGUCAAAAUUAUAAUCAUGUUUUAGAAAUGCACCGAAAAUCAUUUGAUGUUAAAUUUGAAAAAAUUUUUAAAUUAAGAGCAAAGGGUUACACAGAAAAUGAAAUUAAAUUUGCAAAAAUGGCAUUGUCAAAUAUGAUAGGCUCCAUAGGCUAUUUCUAUGGAAAUUCACAAGUGCAAAGUAAAUAUACUAAAGGACCCGUACCUUACUGGAAAGCACCUUUAUACACUGCUGUACCUAGUAGAAGCUUUUUCCCACGAGGAUUCCUAUGGGAUGAAGGUUUCCAUGGCUUACUUAUAUCAGUUUGGGAUUUGGAAAUUGAACUAGAUAUUAUAAAACAUUGGUUCGAUUUAAUGAACGUCGAAGGUUGGAUUCCAAGAGAAAUGAUUUUAGGUCAAGAAGCUCUUGCAAAAGUUCCAGAAGAGUUUGUAACUCAGAUAAAUACAAAUGCAAAUCCGCCUACAUUUUUCUUAACGUUGCAUUUCAUACUUAAAUAUAAACAAGAAGAAAUGUCUGAAAAAUAUUUUCAGUUUCUCGAGGAUUUGUAUCCUCGCCUACAGACAUGGUUUAAUUGGUUUAACAGUACACAAACUGGAGAUAUACCGAGUACGUAUAGAUGGCGAGGUAGAGAUGGAACAACUAAUAAAGAGUUAAAUCCGAAAACUCUAUCAUCUGGAUUAGAUGAUUAUCCAAGAGCUUCUCAUCCAAAUGUCGAUGAACGACAUGUUGACUUACGUUGCUGGAUUGCAUUUGCUGCUGAUAUUAUGUACCAGAUCAGCGAAAUGUUAGGUCAUACUAAUAUUAAAUAUCAAAAGACCUAUCAGUAUUUAUCCAAUAAUGAUUUAUUAAAUGAAUUACAUUGGUCACCAAGUACACAAACUUAUGCUGAUUUCGGAUUGCAUACAGAUAAAAUACUUUUACGAAAACUAACUUCACCUUCAAGAUCACAUAUGCAACCGUCGGAAACAGUACGAAUUAUUAUGGAAGAUCCAACUCUAAAAUAUAUUGAUUCAUCUUUUGGAUAUGUUUCGUUAUUUCCAUUUAUUUUACAAAUUAUCGAUCCUGGUGCUCCACAGUUGGGUAAAGUAUUACAGGAUUUAACAAAUUCUGAUCUAUUAUGGACCAAAUAUGGUUUACGAUCACUUGCAAAAAUAUCACCAUUUUAUAUGAAAUAUAAUACUGAACAUGAUGGCCCUUAUUGGAGAGGUGCUAUUUGGAUGAAUUUAAAUUAUUUGGUAGUGCGAGCAACAUAUUAUUAUUCCAAUAUUGAAGGUCCAUAUAAAGAUGAAGCAAAAAAAAUUUAUCAAAAUUUAAGGAAAAAUUUAAUACAAAAUGUUAUCAAACAAUACAAUAAAUCUGGAUAUGUGUGGGAAAAUUAUGGAGAUGGUCAUGGAGAAGGUAAAGGAAGUCAUCCAUUUACUGGUUGGACAUCCCUAGUUGUACUACUUAUGGCAGAGAUUUAUUAAUUAUAAAUUGAUUAAAAUUUAUUAAAUUUAUUAAUCAUAGCAACAUAUUGUAAAUAGUUUUAUCUAUAAAUAUAUUAUUUUAUUAACAGCAGAAACAAGAAGUAUUUGCAUAAAAUUAUUAUUAGUAGUG